AUGAGCUCUCAAACCCUCCUCGAUUACAUUCGUACUUCCACCUCUGUCACCAUUGAUGUCGACUCAAACGAUGCUAGCAUCGCGAAACCUCUCGCUCAGAACAAGCUCUUCUGCGACAUGACAUCCAAUCAAGCUCUGGUUUACGCAGAGGUAGUCAAGCCAGAGAACUCUGACCUUCUCCAGAAGGCUGCUGGUUGGGCACGAGACAACAAGCUGGAUGUCUCCAAUGACGCCGACGCCCUCAAAAUUAUCGAUCACCUGACAACUCUUCUUGGGAAGAGGGUAUAUCCGUACCUUACCGGACGCGUGCAUGCUCAAGUUUCUCCCGCAUUCGCCGACUCCAAAGACAAAACGGUUGAGCACGCGACACGUCUCGUCAAGCUGUACGGAGAGGGAGAUAAUGCCAUACCAAAGGAUCGUAUCUGUAUCAAGAUACCUGCCAAUCAAGCUUCCAUAGAAGCUUGCAAGGAGCUCGAGGAAAAGGGUAUUCGAACACUCGCCACCACUCUCUUCUCAGUCCCGCAAGCAGUCGCUGCCCAUCAAGCGAACUGCUUGUACGUCGCACCUUACUUCAAUGAACUCGGCGUGCACUUCCCAUCCGAGGCUGCAGAAUGGAUGGGCUACGGCAAGGAUACGGCGACAAAGCAUCCCAUGGCCGCUGUGAUACGCUCUGUCGUUCUCACAUUUAGAAAAUUGCACUCAAAAACGCUCGUCAUGCCCGCGAGUAUUGUAACACCGGAAGAGGUCAUGGCUCUCGUCACUCUGGAGCCGGACCACUUGACUAUUUCUGGUGGAGUUCUCAACAAGAUGAAUGACCCACAAACGGCAUGGUCAGAGUCUGAUCUUGCUCCUAGUAAUAUUCAGGUUCCAGAGAUCAGCCUUGAAGAGCUAGCGAAGAUCGACUACCUUGACGGCCACUCACUCAGGGAAGCCAUCGACGCCGACCCCGAGACACGGCAGAAGCUAGCGGAUGCGCUGCGGAUCUUUGACGAGAGGGAGAAGCUGACGAAGGAAUUUUUGCGCAAAGAGUUGCCGAAGUACUAACUUUCUCUUUUGAAUCACAUUUACCAUAACUUGUAGCUUAUGUGGCGGACGAAAAGUUGAGACGAGAAAUCAAUGUUAGCCCCUAUCAC